GCAUGUAGAUGACGUAAGCAUAGCACGUUGAUGCUUGAAAAAGGACUACUAGUGGAAGCUUACGCAGAUUUGCUCUGAGUAUUUAAAGCGAAAAUGAGAAUGAUUAAACAAAAAUGAGGCAAUUUUACAUACUCCUUGUUGUUCUGACUGCAGUGUCCUCUUAUAAUCAACUAGCUGAAUACAAGUGCAAGUCGAAGCUUUACGCACAAGGAGAAAUUAAAUUGUCACUGUUCAACUUCCGAAUGAGGAAAUUGCUGCAAAAAUAUUUAGGCAAACUGGAGUACACAUGCAAUAUGGCUGAGCUGGCGAUGAUAUAUCUGAUGCAAGGUUCAACUAUGGACUCUGACCGCAUGCCUGCUCUUGUACUCACUGUCCAAACAGGCAUGAAACAGACCACGCCAACUUCACUUGCGGACUUAGUGGUGAAUGAAAAUCGAAAGAUCAUCAUUCAGGAACGAAAACGACUAUUGCGGAUGAGAUAUUUUGGAUGCGGAUUCCUUCGCAAAACCUAUACCGCUCAAGUCUUGUGUUUCUUCACUACGCACAAUCCCAAUAGUAACAACUUUUGA